CUUUAUUUGUUUACUAACUAUCUUUUACUUACCAUAUUUACCUUUUCUUUUGUUAAAUUACUCUGCUUCUCAAGAAUUUUCGUUUUAUUUGUGUGUAAUCUCAUUAUAUUUCUACAUCAAAACAGAAAAGGAUGAUUCGACCGACCCGCAUCCUUCUUCAAGUGAGAAACGCACAUUCAGCAACAUGGAAGAAGAAUCCACAUUUGGAUGCAAUUAUCCGGGUAGACCAUGCAGGUGAGCUAGGUGCGGACCGUAUAUACGCGGGGCAGAUGGCAGUACUGGGCAACACCGCAGAAGGACCCACCAUCAAACACAUGUGGGAGCAGGAGAUCAAACAUCGAGAGAAGUUUGAGGAGCUCAUAUCCAAGUAUCGAGUUAGACCCACAGUGAUGACUCCAUUGUGGAAUAUAGCUGGCUUCGCUCUAGGAGCUGGUACCGCCUUGUUGGGAAAAGAGGCGGCGAUGGCCUGCACGGUGGCUGUAGAAACGGUUAUAGUCGACCAUUACAAUGACCAGCUUCGCACUCUGAUGGAAGACCCUAACAUAGACAAGGAGAUCCUGGAGACUAUCACCAAGUUCAGAGAUGAAGAGCAGGAGCAUCAUGACACUGGCAUCGACCACGGAGCGGAACAGGCGCCAUUUUAUAAAGCACUCACCGAAGUCAUCAAAACUGGUUGCAAAGUAGCUAUUGCUAUAUCGAAGAAAGUGUAACCAGACUAAAAACUGCAGUAUUUUUGGCUCAUAUUAUUUAGUGUUGCUAGAUUAAACCCGAACACAAGUGACUGAAAGAGCAUAGCCACCUUUUGUAUUUUUUUAAAUAAAAAAAUAUCAAAAGAUCAAGAUUCAAGGUAAGCUUAUAACGGCUAGCUUUUUUUUUAUUUAGGUGGUCUUGCUUUCAUGUAUUAUAAACAUUUUAGAUUUGUUAUAACUUAUAAACUUUAGAGUAUAAUAGUUAAAUGUCUAGUGUGAGCGUAUGUAAAUAUAACAAUUAUUUUAUGACAAAA